CACUUGAAACGCAAAUAGAGAGAAUUACACAUGGAUUACAGAAAGAAUAUCCUUUCUUAAUACGUAUAGCAGGUCACGAGUCUGGGUCAAUGAGCCACAUGCCAUGAUGUCUGACAUAAGUAAAAACUGGACAUCUAAUGCCAGCUUUGAAACAUCUUUAUCCUACAUAGACAAUGAAGGUUCCUUAUCCCACAAAGCCAUAAUGUCAAGAACUGGACACACAGUAGUGGCAGUGUUUCUUGGAUUUAUCCUUGUUUUUGGAUUUUUAAAUAACUUUGUAGUCUUAAUUCUGUUCUGCAAGUUCAAAACCCUAAGAACUCCAGUCAACAUGAUGUUACUAAACAUCAGUGUUAGUGACAUGCUCGUGUGUGUUUCUGGCACAACACUAAGCUUCACCUCCAGCAUACAGGGUGAAUGGAUCGGAGGAGAAUAUGGCUGUCAGUGGUAUGGAUUUGUCAAUUCCUGCUUUGGUAUUGUGUCACUUAUCUCACUGGCUAUCCUUUCAUAUGAACGAUAUACUACUCUGACUUUGUACAACAAAUGUGGACCUACAUUUAAGAAAGCUUUGCUUGCUGUGGCCAGUUCCUGGAUAUAUUCAUUGAUAUGGACUAUUCCACCUCUUCUUGGUUGGAGCAGUUAUGGAAAGGAAGGGGCAGGAACAAGCUGUUCAGUACGUUGGACCUCAGAAUCUGCUGAAUCUGUUUCCUAUAUCAUUUGCCUUUUUAUCUUCUGCUUGGUCAUCCCUGUACUGGUUAUGGUAUAUUGCUAUGGAAGACUGCUUUAUGCCGUGAAGCAGGUUGGAAAAAUAAGAAAGAUGGCUGCUCGCAAAAGAGAAUACCAUGUGCUUUUCAUGGUGAUAACUACUGUUAUCUGCUACCUAAUUUGCUGGAUGCCUUACGGAGUAAUUGCCCUGCUUGCAACAUUUGGGCGUCCAGGCGUGGUAACCCCAGUGGCAAGUGUUAUUCCUUCUAUUUUGGCGAAGAGCAGUACGGUAUGCAAUCCAGUCAUCUACAUACUUAUGAAUAAGCAGUUCUAUAAGUGUUUUCUCCUGCUUUUCCACUGCCACCCUAAGUCACCAGUAGAGGGGAAAUCCCAAUAUCAAUCUAAUCUGACUGUUAUCCAGCUGAAUCAAAGACUCAAUAGCACAGCGGGAGACCCUGCAGGCACAAGAUUACCAGUGAACUCGGAAAAGGUGCCUUGUAUUCCAAAGCCAGACAACCAGACAACGUCCGACCCAACUCUGCCCCUUUCAAAAGAGAGCUCUAUUUCUGCACCUAAAAUAGCUCUGUGACAAUGCAUUUGUCCAGUUAGGUAUUAUAAUUUGUGCGUUUCAAGAACCAAAGAGGUCCAAAAAGAUAUUGACUCAAUGCAACAUUGAGAACAACCAUUAUUUUAUGGACAUUCCAGGGAAAUAUAAAAUAGUAUAAUUCUCUGCAAGCUUUAUGGAUAUUAAUAUGUGAGCUAAUAUGUUUUUGUUAUGGUCAAAAAUUGAUAGGAAAAUAGAAAUACAAAUAAGGGUUUUUAUUGAUAAAAUAACAAGUUUGGAACAGUAAACAAACAGGAAUGCCAUGAAUGGUACCUCAUCUGGAAUGAGUUUGUACACUUAUGGGACAGACUUUGUCUAAGAACCCUUUCUAUUGGCUGAUGACUGUGAAUGGCUGAUGUGACAUACUU